AUGCUGAUCAUCCUGAGCAGGGAAACAACUGAUGGAGCCCCCCAGCUGAGAUCAGCCAUUGCUGGCCUCCUCAAAGAGGAGGCUGUGGUGCUCAGCAAGGAGCCACUCGAAAAUCUCGCGAUUAAAGAUCUGGAUGAAGAUACAUCGAAGGAAGACGUCCUCGAAGCUCUACAAACAGUAGCCGGUGAGGAGCACGGCAUAGCUCCUGAAGCCGUCAAGUCUUUACGGGCUGCAUAUGGAGGAACAAGGACGGCGGCAGUGACACUCACAGCAUCUGUUGCGAAGAACAUCCUGGCAGAGCACGGAAAGAUCAAGAUAGGCUGGGUCAACUGCCGUAUCAGGAGAGUGGAGAGACCGAUGAAGUGUUUCAAUUGCUGGCACUGUGGGCAUCUCUCCACGAAGUGCACGAGUGCAGUCGACCGAUCCAGAGUCUGCAUUAAAUGUGCAGACGAUGGGCACAAAGCCGAGGAGUGCAAGAAGAAGGAGCUACGGUGUGCCCUGUGCACUGAGAAUGGUAACUUGGAGAACUGUCCCCACGUUGCUGGCAGCACCAGCGAUAAGAAGCAAAGAAACUUCAAGGUGUUACAGCUCAACAUCAAUCACUGGGAGGACGCUCACGAUUUGCUCAUGCAAACGGUGCGUGAGCUGAAGCCUGACCUUGUCAUGAUCUCGGAGCCAUAUCGACAUCUUGGCACUCAAUCCUGGAUUACUGACGCCAGUGGGACGACUGUAAUCUGGGCUUGUGGGAAUCGUUCUUUUCAAAAUAUCACAAGAGAUAGCGCACAGGAGGGCUUCAUACGGGCCAAGAGAGACGGCAUUCAUUUCUACAACUGCUACGUCCCGCCAAGUCUUACCUUUGAUGAGUUCACAGACUUCCUCGAUAGACUGACCGAGGAUGUGAAGGAGCAUUUUCCCGUGACAAUAGCAGGGGACUUCAACGCCUGGGCAAUCGAUUGGGGAAGUAAGAAAACGAACCCCAGAGGACAAACCCUACUGGAGGCAAUGUCAUCGUUGGACGUGGUUCUGUUAAACAGUGGCGAGGAACCGACCUUUGUGAGGGGAGAGAAAAGCUCAAUUGUCGAUCUUACCUUCAUGAGUAGCACUCUCGCUAAGAGAAACUACUCAUGGAGAGUGAGUGAUAUAUACACGGCUAGUGACCACCGAGCCAUACUCUGGGAGAUAUUCUCCAACCAGAAGGUCGCAGUAACAGCCAAGAAAACCAACAGCGUUGGCUGGAGAGUGGGCACCUUCGACCCGGGCUCAUUUUCGGUAGCAUUAUAUGACCACCCAAUUGCUGGUGUAAAUGCGACUGCGAAGGCGCUGAACAUCAUGAGGAAGGUGAGUAAAGCCUGCGACGCAACAAUGACGAGGAAGCGGACCACGAAUCGAGAUCCACCGGUGUACUGGUGGAAUGAGACCAUCGCUGUGUUGCGGAAGGAGUGUAAUGCAGCCAGGAGGUCAUCUGAACGUCAUAGGGAAAGGCUUAACUUCAAGGAGUUGGAGAUGAAGUACAGAAAGGCAAGGCGGAAGCUCAGCAAAGCCAUCAAGCACAGCAAGAGACAGUGUUGGAGUGAACUCUUGGCUGAAGUAGAGAAUGACCCAUGGGGGAGGCCCUACAAGGUGGUGAUGACACAACUCAAGAGUUAA